GGGUAGUUCAACCCCUCCCCUCCCUGACCUGUUGGGGCAGGGACAGCAGCUGUGAAAGUUUGCAGAAGAUGCCUUUCAGGUUCUUACACAUUAAUAAGGAAGUUCCGACCCUGCAGCCGAAGGAGCCCCCUCCCUCUGUUCUCGAGGCUGACCUGACUGAGUUCGAUGUUGCCAGCUCUCACUUGCCUUUGGAAGUCCUGUACAUGCUGAAGAACGUCAGAGUUCUCGGCCAUUUUGAGAAGCCUCUGUUUCUGGAGCUGUGUAAACACAUGGUCUUCCAGCAGUUCCAACAGGGGGAGUACGUCUUCCGACUGGGUCAGGCAGACAACAGCAUCUACGUGGUACAAGAUGGCAAGCUGGAGCUCAGCCUGAUGGGAACUGAUGGAAAGGAGUGUGUUGUGAAGGAGAUUUUCCCUGGUGAUAGUGUGCAUAGUUUGCUGAGCAUUCUUGAUGUUAUAACGGGUCACCAACGACCGUACAAGACGGUAUCGGCUCGAGCAGCUGAAGAAUCAACUGUGCUUUGUUUACCAGUGGAGGCAUUUCAGACAAUAUUUGAGAAGUAUCCUGAAAGCCUGGUCAGAGUAGUACAGAUUAUCAUGGUGCGGCUACAGAGAGUGACAUUCGUGGCUCUGCAUAACUACCUCGGCCUGACCAAUGAACUCUUCAUUCAGGAGAGCCAGCCAUCGCGCCUGAUUCCCCAACUAAUCUGUACCACCCGGACCAGCCCUGUGCGACACCGCCGCUUCAUCAGUGUGUCAGUAGCUGAAGAUCAGAAGGAUACAGCUGGGAAGAUGGUUCUGGACCCAGGAAAUGAAGUAUUAAAAGGACCAAUUUUGGAGAAUAAUCGGGGAGCAUUGCUGAGCCGCUGUAUAUCCAUGCCAUUGGAUAUUUCUGGGAUACAAAAAGGAGUUUGCUCAGACUUCGACAUGGCCUAUGAAAGAGGGAGGAUUUCAUCAUCUUUACAAGAGGAAAGUCCAGUGAACUCCAUGCCCCUAAGCAGAUCUGCACCACAGGAGACCAGGGAGCGUAAAUCUGUGACAGUCGAGGAACAUCCGUCAUGCGUGUACCUUUAUACUGAGGAUGAUACAGAUGAAGUCUAUGGGACCCCUCGGAUCAAGCAUGUUGGAACUAUUUUCGAGGAGGCGAAACAGGAGCUCCUGAAGCUAUUACGUAUUGAGGAUCCAUCUCUUCUCAACAACCGUGUCACCUUACACUAUGCCAAACCUGGGAGUGUACUGGCCCGUCAGGGAGACCAGGAUGUCAGUUUGCAUUUUGUGCUGUCGGGCUGCCUGCAUGUUUACCAGCGAAUGAUUGACAAGGAGGACGAUGUGUGCCUGUUUGUGACUCACCCUGGAGAAAUGGUGGGCCAGCUUGCUGUCCUGACCGGUGAGCCACUGAUCUUCACCGUCAAAGCAAACCGUGACUGCAUCUUCCUUAAGAUCUCCAAAUCGGAUUUCUAUGAGAUAAUGCGAGAGCAGCCUAACGUGGUGCUCAGUGCUGCACAUAAUGUGGCUGUCAGAAUGUCUCCUUUUGUACGGCAAAUGGACUUUGCGAUUGACUGGAUGGCAGUGGAAGCAGGCCGUGCCCUCUAUAGGCAGGCUGACCGAUCAGACUGCACCUACAUCGUCCUGAAUGGGCGACUGAGGUCUGUCAUCCGUAAGGCUAAUGGCAAGAAAGAACUUGUAGGAGAAUAUGGACGUGGAGAUCUGAUUGGAGUGGUCGAAGCCCUAACUCACCAGCCCCGAGCCACUACGAUGCAUGCAGUUCGUGACUCUGAACUGGCCAAGUUACCCGAGGGAACACUGAAUAAUAUCAAGAGAAGGUAUCCCCAGGUAGUCACUCGGUUGAUUCAUCUACUGGGUCAGAAGAUCUUGGGUAACCUGCAGCAGGUGCAUGGGACAUUUCCAGGCUCUGGUAUCGGACUGUCAACAGCUAGCAGUGCCGAUGUAACAAACCCAACCAGUAACCUGUCCACUGUGGCUGUGCUUCCUGUCUGUGACGAUGUACCAAUUGCUGCCUUCACCAUGGAGCUGACUCAUGCACUUAAUGCUAUUGGGCCCACAUUGCUGAUGACCAGUGAUAUUAUUCGGCAGCGUCUGGGUGCGUCAGCACUGGACAGCAUCCAUGAAUACCGUCUGUCAGGCUGGCUGGCCCAGCAAGAGGAUAUCCACCGCAUUGUGUUGUACCAGACUGACUACGGCAUGACACCUUGGACCCAACGCUGCAUUCGGCAGGCUGACUGCAUCCUCAUCAUCGGACUCGGAGACCAAGAGCCCACCUUGGGAGAGCUGGAACAGAUGUUAGAGAACACAGCUGUCCGGGCACUGAAGCAACUCAUCCUUCUACAUAAGGAAGAUGGUCCCAGUCCUUCCCGGACCGUGGAGUGGCUGAACAUGAGGAGCUGGUGUUCAGGACAUUUUCACAUCAAGUGUCCUCGCAGGAUCUUCUCUCGUCGGAGCCUCCAAAAAUUGAGGGAGAUGUAUGAAAAACUAUUUGAGAAAACAGCAGAUCGACACAGUGACUUUUCUCGACUGGCUCGAAUCCUCACAGGAAACACGAUCGCACUGGUCUUAGGAGGGGGUGGAGCCAGGGGAUGUUCACAUGUCGGUGUAAUGAAGGCCAUGGAGGAGAUUGGAAUCCCGGUCGAUAUUGUCGGAGGAACCUCUAUUGGGUCAUUUAUUGGGGCAUUAUAUGCUGAGGAGCGGAGUGCAGUGAGGACGAAGCAGAGAGCAAGAGAGUGGGCAAACGCAAUGAACUCUGUCUUCAAAACCGUCUUAGACCUGACCUACCCCAUCACCUCUAUGCUGUCGGGUUCUGCCUUUAACACAAGCAUUGCUGAUGUAUUUGAGGACAAACAAAUUGAGGACCUCUGGAUUCCAUAUUUCAAUGUAACAACUGAUAUCACUGCAUCUGCAAUGCGAGUGCACAAAGAUGCAGGCAGUAUCUGGCGUUACGUCAGAGCGAGUGCAUCUUACGUCCCUUAUUUGCCUCCUCUCUGUGACCCCAAGGACGGGCAUUUGCUUGUGGAUGGCUGCUAUGUUAACAAUGUCCCAGCUGACAUCGCAAGAAAUAUGGGCGCCAAAACAGUGAUUGCCAUUGAUGUGGGCAGCAGGGAUGAAGCUGAGCUGAGUAACUAUGGAGACAGCCUUUCGGGAUGGUGGCUGCUUUGGAAACGCCUCAAUCCGUGGGCAGAGAAAGUUAAAGUGCCAGAUAUGGCAGAAAUUCAGUCUCGACUGGCUUACGUCUCCUGUGUUCGGCAGCUGGAGCUGGUAAAGAGCAGUACGUACUGUGAAUACAUCCGGCCACCUAUUGACAGGUUCAAAACCAUGGACUUUGGCAAGUUUGAUGAAAUUUAUAAUGUCGGAUACCAGUACGGGAAGGUGGUGUUCGGUAGCUGGAGCAGGGGUGACAUUAUUGACAAGAUGCUGAAGGAUAGAAAAUCAGUGGACUAUUAUGAAAUCAAGAAGAAGAAUGCCUUUAUGUCCUCGAAUGCUGUAUUCACUGACCUCGCUGAGAUUGUGUCUCGGAUUGAGCCCCCAAAGAGCUACAAUUUAGCAGACGCAGAAGAAUCUGACUAUCUUACUGAAUACGAGGAUGAAGUGAUGGAUGCAGUGAGAGAUGAGGAGCAAGAUGAGAUUGAGGAGCUUGAAGACCAGGAAGAUCCAGGAACCAACCACUCAGCUGCUGAGUGGACUCAGGAAUCUGCUUUUGAAAUGAAUGAGCAGAACAAUGUGAGGAAUCGUAAACCUGGCAGCAGCCCCCAGCAAAUCCCCAACUCCCAAUCAGACUGAUGCUUAAACUCUGUGUACUCAGCCUGGCCAGCAACUCCCACUUCAGUCAUGGAACCCAGUGAAAGAAAGGGAUUUACAACGUUAUCCUGCUGAAUAACAAACAUCUGUUGCACUGGUCUCUGCGAGUGUGUUUUGGAGCAUCACAGGGGCUGCUGAUGUUCGGGUUUGCUGUGGAUGCAGCGUGUCCUUCCAGCUUGAAGUAAAGUGAAGCUGCUGAAUCCCUGUCCUCCUUUUCAAUCAAUUUUCCCCUCAGCAGAAAAUCUUGCUGCUUGCUCCCAGUGCUUUAAUUUUGUUUAAAUUCCACGUGAUUGGGACACUCGAGUGAGUAGAUGGGUUUGCCAGCAGUUCUGACCCCAUGGGUUUGGGUUUCUGAUGCUGUGCUAGCUUUAACCACAUCCUGUCACUUGUUCCACUAACCUGGCUCUGUCCAUUCUUUUAAUGCAGAUUUGUAGCAAACCAAAAAAAGAGCUUUUUUUUUUAAACCAGCACUCCCAAUCACUUUUGGCACAGGCCAGUUUUGUUUAAACUCUCUGUUUAAACUGAGUGGGUGUUGUACAGAAACAGCACUACCGUAGCCAGUAUCUUCUAAUAGAGCUCAGUCUCCAGCUCUGUGUUCACAAUCCAUUAGCUAUUCACUGAAUUUACUGUCCUCAACUCCAGUUAGUACUGUCACAAGUGAGAGAUUUAAUGCUACACUGCUGUUAUUGAACCACAUCAUGUGGAUGAACUCCUGAGGAGAUGAUGGUUAAAUUGCACUCAGAUAUUCCCCACUCAGUGUGAAUAACCAAGUUCACUCCAUGAUAGAUGCAUUACAGAUAGAUAGAUCUUAUACAUACAUCUUACUCCAUUCCAUCCCUCUCCGUUCCCCAUAUUCAACCUUCCUUUUUUUUCCCAACCUGUGCCCUUCACCCUCUCUGCCUCUCCCCUACUAACCUCUUCCACUUUCACACUUGCUCACCAAACCCCUCUGCAGUCACCCAAGUUUGAAAGGGUCCAGAUCCCUCUCCAGGUCAGUCUACUAAAACAAUCAGUAAUUGCUGACUGAGAAUGAAAAGUGAAAAUGUCGCACUCAAUGGAAAUCUCUCGACCUGUUUUGCUCAGCCUUCUUCCUAUUCCUCAAACCCAUGAUUUAAAUCAACACUAGCCCAUCAUUCCUGUCAAUCUGUGGACAAGGAACAGUAUCCAGCACGGAAAUCUGUGUACAGCACAAAACUUAAAGGGGCCAACGGAAAUCUGUGGAACAAGGAACAACAAACAGUGGAAGAAAAGCCAAACGCUGUGGAUGCUGGGAACCUUGGAAGAGAGGACGAGUGCUGGAGAAAUUCAGCAGGUUGUGCAGCAUUAGUGCAGAGAA